AUGUCCCUGGCAAACCAGAAUUAUUUCCUGACUGGUGGACUGUCUCAAGAAAACAGGCGCAGAUCAGGAGCUGACGCAGUAAACCAGAACUGUCGCCAUCCUUUUUUUUUGACGUCCAACCCUCUGAAGUCCAACCCAACGACGUCAAACCCUCCGACGUCCAACCCACUGACGUCCAACCGUCCGACGUCCAACCCUCUGACGUCCAACCGUCCGACGUCACUCUCUCUGACGUCCAAUCCAACGACGUCCAACCCACCGACGUCCAACCCACCGCCGUCCAACCGUCGGACGUCCAACCCACUGACGUCCAACCGUCCGACGUCACUCUCUCUGACGUCCAAUCCAACGACGUCCAACCCUCCGACGUCCAACCCACCGACGUCCAACCCACUGACGUNAAACCAGGAUUGUCACCUGCCUGCUGGAUUGUCUCAAGAUAACAGGCGCAGAUCAGGAGCUGACGCAGUAAACCAGGAUUGUCACCUGCCUGCUGGAUUGUCUCAAGAUAACAGGCGCAGAUCAGGAGCUGACGCAGUAAACCAGGAUUGUCACCUGCCUGCUGGAUUGUCUCAAGAUAACAGGCGCAGAUCAGGAGCUGACGCAGUAAACCAGGAUUGUCACCUGCCUGCUGGAUUGUCUCAAGAUAACAGGCGCAGAUCAGGAGCUGACGCAGUAAACCAGGAUUGUCACCUGCCUGCUGGAUUGUCUCAAGAUAACAGGCGCAGAUCAGGAGCUGACGCAGUAAACCAGGAUUGUCACCUGCCUGCUGGAUUGUCUCAAGAUAACAGGCGCAGAUCAGGAGCUGACGCAGUAAACCAGGAUUGUCACCUGCCUGCUGGAUUGUCUCAAGAUAACAGGCACAGAUCAGGAGCUGACGCAGUAAACCAGGAUUGUCACCUGCCUGCUGGAUUGUCUCAAGAUAACAGGCGCAGAUCAGGAGCUGACGCUGGCUGUAGCAUGAGAGCUCUGUUUUGGAGCGUGUUGGUUCUGUUUGUCGCCUAUUAUUUCAUGAGCGGGAACAACCCCGUCACCAACAACAAUGCAGGAAUUGUUCUAGACAGAAGCGGAAGAUUGAAAAUUGGACCUGGCGAUGUCGACCAAUUGAUAAGCACGAUCAGUGGUGGUGCUGGUAGAAGUGGAGCAACGGCCGUCUAUUUUAAGAGAGCUGUUCCCAGAGAUAGGGUCAACACCACAGUAACAGCUCACCACAUCAUACCGCGAGCUGCGAUCAGGGAUGCAAUUAUAUUCGCCCACCAGGACAAUCCAGCCCGAUUCAGAGAGGAUCUUGAAGAUUACAUCAAUCUGCCAGCAAUCAGAGAAGUUAUUGAAAUUUAUUUGCUAGACCCGGACAACGUUGACGCUGAUGGCAACAUUCCUCUUCGUACACCUGAAAGAGUUGGCCCAAUUCUGUACAUGGCAUUGACGUGGUUACGAACCAAUUUAGUUUAUGGCCCCCAGCCUCAUGAGCGCCGGGAUGACCCGAGAAACGGCCUUGACAGACAUUAAGGCCUUUCUGGCCUUAAUGUGCAAACUCCUGAGUACCAGGAGGCUGCCAGAAGGGCAUGGAAUGCUGUUAACCCGAGAAAUCGAGCUCGGAACUUCGGAGAAUUUGUUAGAGCUGCAAGAGAAUUGACCCAGCCAGAAGUAAUAUGGGUGCAGGAUGAAAAUGGCAGAUACUAUGCAACAGCAGCAGCAGCAAUAGCUGCAGCAGCAACAGCAACCA